GCUAUCUUCAUUAAGCAUGGAAGUUGAAAAAAUUCAGAAGAAUUAUGAAGGUGACAAGAAUGUACAAAAAGAAUUAGUACAAGAAGCUGCAACAAAUGUUUUAGCUGAAAAAGCUCAUAGUGAGUCUUUCUCUGAAAUAAAUACAUUUUCAACUGAAGAACAUAAAAUUUCAGGUGAAAACGUUGAAGAGAAUGGCACAGCCAAACGGACAUUAUCCAAAUCACCUGAUAAUGUGCUUGAAAAUGAACCUGUCUCAAAAAGAUUAAAGCUGACUGUUGCAAAAUGUCCAGAAGAUAAUGAAGGCAAACCACCUAAUGCCACAAUUUGUGAAGACUCUGUUGAUGGGAUAGGUAAUACAACAGGUGAAACUAUAGAAGGGUUAGCUAUAAAUGCCUGUCCCAGUAGUGCUGCAUUUAUUUCAGAUGCUUUAUGUGUGCAGCAUGAUUUCAUGCCUGAAGGUGGUAAUGUGGUAGAGGAAUUACAUGUGGAGAAUGAGCAUUCUCAAGACAUCUCAACACUCCUGCCAGAAUGUCCAUCUUUUCCAGAUGAUGAAAGCAGCACUGGCUGUGCAGCCAGUAGUACUGAACAUGGUUCAAAGUGCAAAACUUGUGAGGAGACUUUUUCUACUUAUUCUGAUUUAGAAAAGCAUAUUCAAGAGAGCCACCUUAAGCAAUCCAAAGAGCAUGCAAACACACAUUGUACUUCAAAAUCAGAACAUACCCCAUCUUUGCAAAUGCAUGUCAAGCAGACUCCUGGACAACGUAGAUAUUUCUGUGAUCUCUGUGGCUUUCAGUCUUUUAAGGAAGACCUCCUGCAAGCCCAUUUUCUUGGCAAGACACACCUCCGGCGGCAAAACCUUGCUGCCCGUGGAGGAUUUGUAAAGAUAUUAACAAAAAAGUCCUUUCGCAAAAAACAGCAAUGCCCAGUCAAAGAAAAGAAUGUGAGAACAAAAUCUGCACUUAACAAACCAAAAACAAAGAAUACCAUUUCAAAUCAACGAAGGAUUUCAAGAAAUAAGGUAAAGAACUUGAAAGAAAGCUGCCAGCUUUUUGUUGAAAUGGUACCAUCGAAAGAUAUUUCCACAGAAACAACAGAGACUAUUACCAAUGAAGAAGCAUUUUUCUGCAAUGUGGAUGGAGAUGAUGGCAUCCAGGCUGAAAAGCUAGAUGUUUUAGAAUGCAAUCCAGAUGUAUCAGAACCUGCUGAAGGUAGCCAAGAGACCAUUAGCAAUGUAAACACCACAGAGAUAUUUGAUAGAUUCCACCACAAAAGAAACAUCUUAUCACGAAGAAUAACUUUCAAACAAAGUGGUUCUUUCAGAUUAAACCAGCAGAUUAAAAGACGAUAUAAUCUGUUGGGUAUAGGUAAAAGGAGCAAGUCUGACUCUAGCUUGAAGCACAGCAUUAGGGCUGAAUUCAGCCAAGGUGAUUCAUCACAGGUCAAAGCUUUACAAAUUGAAGGUGAUAUUAACUCUUUAUGCAAAGGGGCCUCAGAAAUACAAGCACUUAAUCCAGAUGGAACAAAUGCAUGUUCUUCUAUCAUCCUGGGGCCUGAGAACUCUCCAAAGAAACCUGUUGAUGUCCAGAAGACUCCACAUCCUUGUACUCACUGUGGAUUUAAUUUGCCAAACACAGAAGAUAUGCAAUUGGAUGUUGAGACAACUCAUGCUGAAGAACUUAAAUUUCAUUGUGAAAUGUGUAGCUAUUCUUGCGCAACUAGAGAGGACUUUGAACUGCACUGUCGAAAGAAUAGCCAUCCUAUAGGUGAUUGCAGAAUAAAUUGCACUCAGUGUUCAUUUCUUGCUCCAAAUGACAUGAGCCUUGGGAAACACAUGUGCGAAGAGCAUGGCAUGUCCCACUACUGUGUGAUUUGUCACCUGUAUUUUCUAACUGAAGAAGAAGUGGCAGCUCAUAACACAACUGAGCAACAUAUUAGCUUAUUACCUCAAGAAAAUACCAUUUGGCCAUUGAACCGUGACUUGGGUCUGCAAACAGCUUCUGUUUCUGCAGUGGAAUCAAGUAUUUGUCCAAAGAUUGUAGAAGUUAAAAUACAGCAAGAAAUCCCCAAGCUUUCUGUGGAACAGCCUGGAAAAGUGUUCCAGGAAUCUGUUCUGAACAGAAGCCAGUUUCAGUGUAAAAAAUGUUUUUAUAAAACAAGAUCUUCCUCCGUUCUUACAAGACACAUAAAACUUCGACAUGCUCAGGAAUAUCACUUCCUUUGUAAAGCGUGCAACCUCUAUUCAUUAAGCAAAGAAGGAAUGGAAAAACACAUCAAAAGAAGUAAACACCUUGAAAAUGCCAGAAAAAAUAAUAUUGGUUUACGCUUUGAGGAAUGUAUUGAAAGGGUAUGUGUAGGUGCAACUGAUGGUAAAAAAGUGACAGAGCCUUCCAUUUAUGGAAGCUUAAAGACUGUAUCAGGAAAUGAAAGUAUACAUGUACCCUUCUCUACAAUGGAGAGUGUAUCAAAUAAGGAGCUGUUCCCAUCAGGUGAAGGCAUUCAAGGCAAUGACUUGAUUUUGGGUAGUGUACAAAAGAGAGGGAGGCCUAAAGGUACCAUUUCUCGGACAUGCCCCCAUUGUGGUUUAUUGGCAUCCAGUGUUACAAACUUGACAGUUCACAUUCGACGAAAGCAUAGUCACCAGUACAGCUAUUUAUGUAAAAUAUGCAAUUAUUAUACUGUAACGAAAGGUGACAUGGAACGCCAUUGUGCUACCAAAAAACAUAAAGGCCGUUUGGAAGCCAAUGGGGGAGAAAAAUUAGAGAUCAUUGUUUGCCCAGAAGGAGUUAAUCUUGAAGGUAGUAGCAAGAAGAUAAAUAGUCCAGUAGAUAUUUUGAAUGAACCUGUUGACCAUGGCAAUCAGUCUUCACAUUUGGACAAUACUGUUUCGGAAGGCCAGGGAGAUGGUGAGAGCAAUGCUAUUCAAGUACAAAUAAAAAAUGUGCUUCAGCUUCCUGAUAGAGAUGGAAACUCUUCAGAAAUAAAACAGCAUAUAAAUGCAGAAUCAGGUGACAUUAGUCAAGAUAGAGAUUUGUUGGUUCAUGCAAGAAUUGCAAGUGCAAAUGAUAAUAAGUGUGCUCAUUGCAACUUUGUUGCACAUUCUUUCUCUUCUCUGGAAGUGCAUAUAAAACGUAAGCACACAAAAGAAUUUGAAUAUUAUUGCAUGGCUUGUGACUAUUAUGCAGUUACUCGCCGUGAGAUGAUGAGGCAUGCAGCAACGGAGAAGCAUAAAAUUAAGAGACAAUCUUAUAUAUCUACUUCUGGAGAGGAGACAGAUACAAGUAAUAUUGCCAAAGAAACUGCUGUUGUGUCUCAAGAAGAGCAGCAACCCUCAGAGGAAUUUCAGAUUAUACUGGGUGACACAAAAUAUAAAAACAACAUUGAAGAGAAAAGUUUGGGAGAGCAGAAAGUGAAGACUUCGGAAGAUAGUGCCACUUUAAAGAUCCCUAAAGAAGGUUCUGCCUUCGAUUCUGAGAUCAAAGAUGGAGCUGAAUAUGGUACAGAAAGUGCAGUUGGUCAAGAAACUGUUCAAAAAGAUGUAGUUGUUAAAACUGAUGAGAUGAUCACAUUUAAAGAAACAGUUGAUUGUGUUCUGCACGAAAAUUCAAAUGAACAAGAAAUGGCAAAGCCAGAUGUUAAUUUUGCAACAGAAACUGGAAACCAGAACAGAGCUUUUGGCAAAGAUUCUCCAAAUAGGAUGAAAAAUAAAAACAACUUGGAGGAAGACACUGGAAACGAAUAUGAAGUACCUGCUGAGGAAGUGAAAACAGAUAAAACACAUUUGCCCAUACUUUCAGAAACAUCUAGUACACUAGAACAGCAAACUAUUGAUGAAAAUAUUGAAAGAAGAAUACAAAAUAUGCAUAAUUUACAGCGACAGAAAAGCAUCCCACAGAGUUCUGCUAUAGAGGAAGAGAAUACCCUGAUAGAAGCACAACAGGAAGCAGAGACAUCUUUAAAUAAUAUUUGGGGCUCAGAUGGUUUAAUAGAUGAAGGCGUGCAAGAAACUAAUGAAGGUUUGGAUGCUUUUACCAUUGCUAGUGGUAGAGUCAAGGAGGGGACAGCAACCCAAAAUUGUAGCCAGUUUGAUUCCUCUAUAGUAAAGUUAAAAAGCCAGGAAGAUUGUUGUGAGCCAGUUGUCCACAUUGCUGACGGACAGAAUCUGAGUGGUCUUAAAGUUUGUGACAGAGCUUUGAAAGUAGAUGUCCCACAAGGUGGUGGAAAGAAGAAAAAAACUGAAGGACAUCCCCUUGGAGAAUCUACGCGUAUUCGCUGUGAUGACUGUGGCUUUUUAGCAGAUGGUUUGAGUGGCCUAAACGUUCACAUAACCAUGAAACAUCCUUCAAAAGAGAAGCAUUUUCACUGUUUGCUGUGUGGAAAGUCAUUUUAUACUGAAAGCAAUCUUCACCAGCACCUGGCUAGUGCUGGCCACAUGAGAAAUGAACAAGCAAGUGUUGAAGAACUACCAGAAGGGGGUGCCACUUUUAAAUGUGUUAAGUGCACAGAGCCUUUUGAUUCUGAACAAAAUCUAUUUCUUCAUAUUAAAGAACAACAUGAAGAAUUGCUCCGGGAAGUCAAUAAGUACAUUGUUGAAGAUACUGAACAAAUCAACCGAGAGAGAGAAGAAAACAAGGGCAAUAUUUGCAAAUAUUGUGGGAAGAUGUGCAGAAGUAGUAAUUCCAUGGCCUUCCUAGCUCAUAUUCGUACCCAUACAGGAUCAAAGCCGUUCAAGUGCAAGAUUUGCCACUUUGCAACAGCUCAGCUAGGAGAUGCCAGAAACCAUGUCAAGAGGCACCUUGGGAUGAGGGAAUACAAGUGUCAUGUCUGUGGGGUGGCAUUUGUAAUGAAGAAGCACUUGAAUACACACUUACUGGGGAAACACGGAGUUGGUACGCCAAAAGAAAGGAAAUUUACAUGUCCCUUGUGUGACAGAAGUUUCACAGAGAAGUGGGCAAUGAACAAUCAUAUGAAACUCCACACAGGAGAAAAGCCAUACAAGUGUACAUGGCCUACAUGCCAUUAUUCAUUCCUCACAGCAUCAGCCAUGAAAGACCACUAUAGGACUCAUACAGGCGAGAAGUCAUUCCUAUGUGACCUUUGUGGCUUUGCUGGCGGGACACGUCAUGCCCUCACCAAGCAUCGGAGGCAGCAUACAGGAGAGAAACCAUUCAAAUGCGAUGAAUGUAACUUUGCUUCCACAACCCAGUCCCAUCUGACACGGCACAAACGUGUUCAUACUGGAGAAAAACCCUACAGAUGUCCUUGGUGUGACUACAGGUCCAACUGUGCUGAGAAUAUUCGCAAGCAUAUCCUACACACAGGCAAACAUGAAGGAGUGAAGAUGUACAACUGUCCUAAGUGUGACUAUGGCACCAACAUCCCGGUGGAAUUUCGCAACCACCUGAAAGAAUUGCAUCCUGACAUCGAGAACCCUGACCUCGCUUACCUGCACGCUGGCAUAGUUUCGAAGUCCUACGAAUGUCGACUGAAGGGUCAGGGAGCUACAUUUGUGGAAACCACCAGCCCUUUUUCCACACCAGCCCUUGAUGAAAUUUCUCCAAUUAAUGAGAAGCUCCUUCAUGGUGGCAGGAGACAUCCACAAUCCCCUGAGCAAGUUCAACAGGUCAUUAUUAUCCAAGGGUAUGACAGUGAUUUUUCAAUUGAUGCCUCAGUGGAGGAAACCGCAGCAGCCACCCUUCAGACAUUGGCAAUGGCUGGCCAAGUGGCAAGGGUCGUCCACAUUACUGAAGACGGACAAAUUAUAACUACAAGUCAAAAUGGCUCUCAUGUAAGCAGCAUGAUUCCAGGACAAAUACUCACUGAACAACUGCCAGAUGGGAAAACACAAGUGGUGGUGGUUGAAGGCCCACUAGGAGGAACUGAUAUUGAAGAUGCGGUUUCCAUAGCGACAGCUUCAGACCACAGUAAUGCCAUGGUGCAACAGAUAAUGAGACAGGAAAUAUUAGAUCCAUCUGAGGUUACUAGAGUACACCCACCUGAGUCUGCCUCUGCACUAGAUGCCUUGCUUUGUGCCGUAACAGAACUUGGUGAAGCAGAAAACAAAGCAGAACACCUGGAGAGGACACGGCUUCAUCACAAAGAAACAUUGCAAAGGUCAAAUCCAGAAGCAGACAUUAUUUCUAAUGACGGCACAACCCAAGGAACGCAUAUGUUCCAUGACAUUCAAGGAACUGAGGAAGAGAGAGAACCCAUGGAAGUAGUAACUCAAGUUGUGCACCCAUCUACCAGAAUUGCAUCUCAGGAGAGAGCUCAGGUCACCUUCAAGAAGAUGGUUGAAGGAAUGCUCCAGUUUGCUGUGUGCGAUAAGGCUGCAGCAGACCAGCUAAUGAAAGAAAGUGUCACUCAGGUUAUUUUGAAUGAAGAAGGAACUGUACAUAUGGUGGCUCGUGAAGGCUCUCAGAUAAUAAUGCAAGAAGCUGGCAGCCAUACCCUGCGUGUCCAGAGUGAACACAUGGACUUGAUUGGGUCUGAUGGAGAAAUUUCACAGAUCAUUGUCACGGAGGAACUUGCUCAAGCCAUGGCUCAGGAUUCUAACAGCAACUUCCCUGAGGGUGCAACCCAUUACAUUGUAACAGGAAUACCACAGGAAAUGGAGGAUGAGUCUGGAGUAUAUUCACAUACCGUGAUAGAGACAGAUGAGCCUCAAGAGAUUUUGCAGGCUGGCACUGUUAUAAAUUCCAAUAAUGUAUCCUCUAAUGGAAAUGGUGAACACCUAUCUAGUAUGGUCAUUUAUACAGAAGAUGGUUCACAAACAGCUAUUAUUCAGGGCCAAAGAGAUAGCAGUGAACUAUAAAAACAUGAAAGAACUCUGCCUAAUAAGGAUAACAACAGGCAAGGUUAAACAUCGGACACUUGGAGAUAUUAUAUUUCAUUUUUAAUUUGUGAAGCAUUCUUGAAUGGAAUUCCUCCAUCUAGGUGUUCAACACAUCCUGCUUGAAGUUAGUAUCAGCAGCUCAGAGCACUAAACAGGAACGGAAUUCUCCUAGUCUUAGAUGAAUAGUGGUCAGACCAAAUUACAAACAUUGAAAGAUUUACAAAAUAAAAUCAAAAUGGGCAUAGGUACAGCCACUAAAGAUAUCGAUUUAAUUCUCUUCAUUAGUUUGGGCUAUUUUGUUUAUCACCAGUUCAUUAUAUCGUGACUUUCUAGUGUUAUGUUUGUCUUUUUUGUGAUUAAUUAUGUUAAACUGGAUUUGCAUAUAGGGAGCAAACCAACUAUACAUGCACCCAUAUCACCUAGGUGAGACACACAUAUACAAUUUGUAGAUAAAAUUGUAUUCUACAGACACAGACACAAUAGUUUUUACAUUCACAGACUGACCAAACAUUCUGAACUUUUAUAGACACAACCCACUUAUUCCUACUUAAAAUCAAAUGUUCCCAAUGAAAUAAUUUCAUGACAUGUGUUUAAGUUGCCUUUCUUUACUUUCCACUGAAUGUCAAGCAGAACCCUAAUUAAAAUCUCUGUGGAAAUAACCUGUUGAUUCAGAAAGGCCUUAAUGCCUGUAACCUCAACUUAAUUUUAUAUAAACAAUUUCUUCAUUUGAAAUAUUCAUGCAAUGUUUGUUUGUUUGUUUGUUUGUUUUUAAAAAAACUAAUUGUGCUCCACAUAUACUGUAUAUCAUUCUACAGUUCAUUUUGUGAAGGUCUUUUGGGAACAUUAGAUGAGUUGUUUUUCUACACAUAAAAUUCUGCCAUUGACCUUAACAAGUGGAAGAGAGUUGACCUGGCAUUUCUUUCUGGAUCAGAAUGGUGAUUACUAGUUGUGGAUAAGUUCUGAUUGUUCAAUGUAAGUGCCUGUUGAAAAGAAACAGUUUUCUGAUCCAAGUGCUUCUGUUUUCCCUAACCAAUGUAAGCUACAAUAUGGAUGGGGGGUGUUUUUUGGUUCUUUCCAAUAAAAUGAUAGCAUUAAAAGGAA